AUGAGCGCUUCUCAAGUCCUUACACACCCCUCAAUCCGCGACGGCUGGUUCUACGAGAGUGCCCCGCAAUGGCCCGGGCAAGCUAUGAGCCUGCAAGUGCGCCGGAUCCUGCACACAGAGCAGAGCAAGUUCCAGGAUGUCUUGGUAUUUGAGUCCGAGACGUACGGCAACGUUCUUGUGCUUGACGGUGCGAUUCAAUGCACGGAGCGCGACGAGUUUUCGUACCAGGAGAUGAUCGCACACCUGCCUAUCAAUUCACACCCCGACCCGAAACGGGUUCUUAUCAUUGGCGGCGGAGAUGGUGGAGUCUUGCGCGAGGUUGUCAAGUACGAUAGCGUGGAGGAAGCCGUGCUGUGCGAUAUUGACGAGGCUGUCCCGCGUGUCUCGACCAAGUACUUGCCCAAGAUGGCCGAAGGCCUGCACCACCCCAAGUCUAAGGUCAUCAUUGGUGACGGCUUUGCCUUCCUCAAGGCCCCUGAAAACAAGGCGUCGUUCGACGUGAUCAUCACCGAUUCGUCGGAUCCAGAAGGCCCCGCCGAAAUGCUUUUUCAAAAGCCCUACUUUGAGCUCCUGAAGCAGGCGCUCAAGCCCGGCGGCCACAUCUCGACCCAGGCCGAGAGCAUGUGGGUGCAUUUGAACCUUAUCCGCAGCCUCACGCAAUCCACGCGCGAGUUGUUCCCUGUGGCCGACUAUGCAUACACGUCGAUCCCUACCUAUCCCGCGGGCCAAAUUGGCUUUGUGGUGUGCUCGUUGGACUCGAAGCGCGACGUGCGCGAGCCAUUGCGCAAGAUUCCUAACUGCAGGUACUACACCGAGGAAGUGCACCGCGCCGCAUUUGUCUUGCCCGAGUUUGCGCGCCGCGUCAUUAUUGAUGGCGAGCCCGCGCCGGGCCCGCUAGUUGCGACGGGCGACGGCACGGCGCAGUCCAAGCGCGACCCCAAGAAGAUUCUUGUGCUCGGCUCUGGCUACGUUGCCGGCCCUUGCGUCCAGUACUUGUUGCGUCAUCCCGAGUACUCUGUUACCAUUGGAUCACAGCGCAAUGCCGGUGCGCUGGCCAAGAUAAACAGCCGCAUCCAGUCGAUUCGCGUCAAUGUCAAGGACCCCCAGCAGCUCUCGGAGGCGAUCCGCGGCUUUGAUGUGGUCAUUUCCCUCAUUCCUUACAUCUAUCACGCCGACGUGAUCAAGGCAGCGUGCGAGCACAAGGUAGACGUCGUGACCACCUCGUACGUCUCCGACGCGAUCCGUGCUCUUGAGCCCGACAUCACCAAAGCUGGCAUCACGGUUAUGAACGAGAUUGGUCUCGACCCCGGCCUCGACCACCUCUACGCCGUCAAGGCGAUUAAGGAAAUCCACGACGAUGGCGGCAAAGUCAAGUCGUUUUUGUCCUACUGCGGUGGUUUGCCCGCUCCCGAGGCUGCGACGAAUCCGCUCGGAUACAAGUUUUCUUGGUCCUCGCGCGGUGUGUUGCUUGCCUUGCGCAACACGGCCAAGUUUUUCCAAGCGCCGGUCAAGGAGGCGCAGACGGUCAGUGGCCUGGAUCUUAUGGCGAACGCUAAGCCGUACUACAUCAUGCCGUCCUUUGCGUUUGUGGCCUACCCCAACCGUGACUCGACGCCUUUCCGCGAGUGGUACAACAUUCCAGAGGCCGAGACGGUGAUCCGCGGCACGCUUCGCUACCAGGGCUUCCCCGAGUUUGUUCUUGCACUUGUACGUCUCGGAUUUUUGGACGAAGCUGCGCAAGACUAUCUUGUGCCCGGCAACGGCCUCACUUGGGCCCAGCUGUGUGCCAAGCUGGUCGGCUCCAACAGCACAGACGAGAAGAUGCUCGCGGACGGCAUUCGUGCCAAGUGCAGCUUUGGCAGCACCCAGGAAGCAUCGGGUGUCUUGCGCGCCUGCCGCUGGCUCGGUCUGUUUGACAACAAGGCCGUGGUAGAGGUCGGCGGCUUGCCCGAGCAGCUUGCAGAGAACAAAGGCAACCUGCUCGACUCGCUCUGUCGCAACCUGGAGGGCAAGUGCAACUACGAGCCCGGAGAGCGUGACAUGGUCAUGCUUCAGCACAGCUUUGACGUGAUUGACAAGAACGGCGAGGAGAAGACGCUCACAAGCACGCUGCUCGACUAUGGUGUGCCGAACGGUACUACGUCGAUGGCCAAGUUGGUCGGCGUUCCCUGCGCCAUUGCUACUCGUCUACUGCUUGAGGGCAACCCUGCGAUCAAGAAGACCGGUAUCGUGGUGCCCUACACUAUCGAUGUCACCGAACCCAUCCGCAAAGAGCUGGUCAAGGAAGGCAUUGCGCUCGAGGAGCGCUGGGUGUAG